GUGCGAUCAGAAUCAGUCUCGAACUGGAUUCCAAGAAUCAACAGACAAUUUAAACAAACUUUUUUAAUUCAAUAGUUUUAUAUAUUUUUUUGGAAAAAAAAAUGUUUGCAGUGGGAAGGAGUAGCAAUACCUUGCGAUAUCAAAAAUUUUUUUGGAAAAGAAAUAUUUUCGACCAGGCGAGAAAGAUUUUUGCUUCGGAUAAUAUCAAUCCUAUACCGCCGGACACAAAUUUCGUCGAUUUUGUUUGGAAAGAUCAUCACAGAUGGGCGAGCAGAACUGCCGUUACGUGCGGCAUAAGUGGCCGCAGCUUGACGUACGGCCAGACCUUUGGAGCUUUCGAUCGACUGAGCGUGAAUCUGCCUGCCAAAUUGGGUUUGAAAAGUGGAGACGUCGUGGCUCUGCUUCUGCCUAACGUGCCCGAAUUCCCAAUCGCCUUUUUCGGUGCAGCCUCCGCCGGUCUGGUCGUCAGUCCGCUCAACCCUCUCUACACUCCAGACGAGCUGGCAAAGCUUUUCGCUUGUUCCAAAGCGAAAGCGGUGGUGACGAUUUCCUCUCUUUUGCCCAACGUGAAAUCAGCUUUUGAGAAAAAUCCCGGGGUUGGAAUGCCCGUGAUUUUGGUCGACGGUGCAGACACGGAAGACCAAAUCAGUCUCGAACGUUUGACCACCGAAAUCAUCAGGGGUGCUGAGAGGUUGGAAAAGCCUGGGCCCGAGUCUCUGAUCGCUUUGCCCUUUUCGAGUGGAACCACCGGUGUUCCCAAAGGGGUAGUUUUGAACCAUCUGAAUUUGGUCGCCAACGUGUGCGGAAUCAAUCACCGCGACUCCAUUCCCUUUUUUGAGACUGGCUCCACUAUUGCUGUGAUUCCGUUUUUCCACAUCUACGGAACGGUUAUUUUUAUGGGAAUGACGUUCAACCGUGGACACCAUUUAGUCACUCUACCCAAAUUUGAUCCUUUGACCUUCAACAACGCAAUCAAAACGUACAAGCCCACGUCGUUAUUUUUGGUGCCACCUUUGAUGCUGCACUUGGCCAGAUCACCGCAAAUUACAAGCGAAACGCUGAAAAAUCUGAAAUUUAUUGGAACUGGCGCGGCGCCAAUUACAGGACAAACACUGGACGAGGUUGUUUUAAAAACGCAAAUCAAUGGGACAAUUGUGAAAAAUGGAUUCGGAAUGACGGAAACGGCGGGAAUGAUUUCAAUAAUGACAGACUCGAUCAAAGUGGGGCAGAAAGCGAUUUCGAUCGGAACAAUUAGUUCAAACGCGGAGGUGAAAAUCGUGGGCGAAAAUGACGAAACGUUGCCUUUGGGCGAAGAAGGCGAAUUGUGGAUUCGCGGACCGCAAGUCAUGAAAGGCUACUUGGACAACAAAGAGGCGACAAAGGAGAUCCUCACCGAGGAUGGGUGGCUGAAAACGGGGGACGUGGCAAGACUGGACGAGCACGGGGCCAUUUACAUCGUGGACAGGCUCAAGGACAUCAUCAAAGUCAAAGGAUUUCAGGUGUCACCGACCGAACUGGAGGACAUAAUAGUAAAAAUGGAAGGUGUGGCCGAUGUAGCGGUUGUCGGGGUGUCCAUCGGUGAGGACGAGGGUCCAAAAGCGUGCGUCGUGAAGAAAAAAGACUCGAAUAUCAGCGCCGAAGACGUCAUUUCGUAUCUGGACGCGAAAGUUGCAAAGUUCAAGAGACUCACGGGGGGAGUUCAGUUCGUGGAUCAAAUUCCAAGAAGUGCCGCUGGAAAAAUACUGAAAAAAGAUAUUUCAGUUGCUAUGUAAAUUAAUUUGAUUAUUUUAAUAAUAAAAAGUUAUCAAUAUAAGGAAAA